AUGGGGUUAUUUUUUUCCAGGCUCGCCCUCCGCCACCCUGUCGCCGGCCCCGUUGCUCCCCCGCCCCGUCGCCGUCGCUCCCCCUCCCCGUCGCCGGCCCUCCCCCGCCCCGUCGCCGGCCCUCCCCCGCCACCCUGUCGCCGGCCCCGUCGCUCCCUCGCCCUGUCGCCGGCCGCGUCGCUCCCCUGCCCCGUCGCCGUCGCUCCCCCGCCCCGUCGCCGGCCCUCCCCCGGCCUAACUAUGGGUCAGCAGCUCGCCUUCUCGUGGCGCGGCGCCUACGAGGAGCCGUCGCCGUCACCAUCGGUGUCCUCGACGGAGGCGCAAGAUCCCGCGGCGCUGCGCGUGGGGAUCAUUGGGUUCGGCAACUUCGGGCAGUUCAUCACCAGGGGCAUCCAGCGGCAGGGCCACGCCGUGCUGGCCACCUCCAGAUCCGACUACUCUGACUACUGCUCCGCCCACGGGAUUCGCUUCUUCAGAAGCUUGGAGGCGCUGUGCGAGGAGCAGCCGGACGGGCUGCUGGUUUGCAGCUCCAUCCUCUCCACGGAGUCCGUCGUCCGCGCCACCCCCCUCGCCAUGCUCCGCCCCGACACCAUCGUCGCCGACGUGCUCUCCGUCAAGCAGUUCCCCCGCAACCUCCUCCUCGAGAUUUGCUUAAGAUCACAGAAGCUUGGGUUGAUGGAGUGCUUGUAUUUAGUUUUUGUUUUGACCUUGUGAAACUUGCUACCUAUGGAUGAAACUAUGUAAUAUUGAUGAAACUAUGUAUAUGUACGGAUGAAACUUGCUACUAUUGGUAACAUGUAUUGGAUAUAUGUGUUCAUGACUA